AUGCUGCGGGUUGGGCCCGUUUGUCCCGGUUUCCCUGCAGGCCUUUGCUUUCACUUUCACCCUCCGGGCAUGGAAGGCCGCAGCCCUCAGGGCCGCCCCACUGGUGCCACGCUCCGCCCACGGCUGCCGCUGCCCCGGCUGGGUGUCAUCAUCCAAGGCCACACGCAGUGCAGCUGCCAGGCCGCAGCGCCCACCAUGGCCCUGUCCGAAGCCCUGGAGCGGCUGGACGAGGAGGCCAUCUGCUCCAUCUGCCUGGAGUACAUGAGCGAGCCCGUCAGCGUCGACUGCGGGCACAACUUCUGCCGCAGCUGCAUUGGGAAGCACUGCCAGGAGAAGGGGUUGUGGAACGACACGCCCUUCUCCUGCCCGCAGUGCCGGGCCCCCUGCCGCCGCAGCAGCCUGCGGCCCAACCGGCAGCUGGCCAACAUCGUGGAGAGCAUCCGGCAGCUGGGGCUGAGGGGAAGCGUGGGGACGGCGACGGAGACGGGGGCUGGGACCCUGCUUUGCCCCCUGCACAAUGAGCGCCUCAAGCUGUUCUGCGAGGUGGACGAGCAGCCCAUCUGUGUGGUGUGCCGGGAGUCUCAGCAGCACCGCUCACACACCGUCUACCCCAUCGAGGAGGCUGCACAGGGGUACAAGGUCAAACUCCAGAAAUGUCUGGAGCAACUUUCCAAGGAAGUGGAGGAUAUGAAGAAGCGUGAGUCAGAGGCGAAGAUGAAAACCCAGGAGUGCAAGGAGAAAGUGAAGAGAAAGCGGGAGACGAUUGUGUGUGAGUUUGGGAAGCUGCAUCAGCUGCUGGCUGAUGAGGAGAAGCUGCUGCUUCAGAAGCUGGAGGAGGAGGAGACACAGAUUCUGGUGAUGAUCUCUGAAAACCUGGCCAGGGUGACAGAGCAGAAGUGCUCGCUGGUCGAGCUGAUCCUGGAGAUAAAGGAGAAGAUGCAGCAGCCAGUUGAAGUGUUGCUCAAGGACAGGAGAUGCAUCCUGAACAGGUGUGAAAUGAUGAAGUUUCAGGCCCCCAAACCUGUGUCUGUGAACUUGAAGGAGGACUACAGCAUCCCAGAACGCUGCAUGGGUAUGAGACACAUGCUGAGGAAGUUCAAAGUGGAUGUGACUCUGGACCCGGAGACGGCGAACCUUGAGCUCAUCCUGUCUGAGGACCGCAAGAGCGUGCGGCGUGGGAGCAGGAAGCUGUUCCUGUUGUUAUUUGACAGCCCCAAGAGGUUCAACUGUGCUCCAGUCGUGCUGGGGCUGCAGGCCUUCUUCUCGGGCCGCAGCUACUGGGAGGUGCAGGUGGGAGAUAAGCCGGAGUGGGGCCUGGGGCUGUGCAAGGAGGCUGCCGGCCGGAGAGGCAACAUCGUCUUCUCCCCCCAAAAUGGCUACUGGGUGCUGCGGCUGCAGAACGGUGGCUACGAGGCCCUUACCUGCCCCGUGUCCUGUCUGACCCUGCGCGUCAGGCCCCGGUGCAUUGGCAUCUUCCUGGACUAUGAGGCAGGAGAAAUCUCCUUUUACAACGUGUCCGACCGCUCCCACCUUUACACCUUCACCGACAAGUUCUCGGGGAAACUCCGGCCUUUCUUCUACCUGGGCUCCCUUAUGGGGGGCAAAAAUGCAGAGCCCUUGGUGAUCUCCUGGAUGAGGGACACGCAGGGGACCAGCUGUGUCGUCCUGUGACAGGGACAGACAGAGCUGUGGGGGCACAAUGAACUGCUCAGGUGAGCAGGAGGUGAUGGAUGGCUGUUGUUAUGUGCAUAGCAUGGAGUGGGGACCCAGCCAGGACCAUGCUGGAUUGUAGCACCUGUUGUCCACCGGUGCUCUACUGCUCAUCCCCAGGCUUCUGGUGGUGGGGGCUCACAGCCUGCUGUGUCGUGAUGCUUUGGAUAUGAAUUGUACUGACAUAAGGCAAUAAAGAGAUGAUCUGAGGA